AUGUCUGAUUUUAUUCAAAAGUUUGAAAAAUUGUCUAUUACUGAUAUUCCAGAAAAUUUGGAAAACGUCAAAUUCCCAGAAUUGACUCCUGAACAAAAAGCCUUAUCGUCACAGUUUGAAACAUUAUCAACUAGGCUUGAUGAAAAAGACACAUUGUUACAAAUUAAUGACUCAUUGAGAACAAAAACUUUUGUUAGUGGGAGCGUUCCAAGUAGGGCAGAUUUGGUUUUGUUUUCAAAGGUAUUUCCAUUGGCAUCGAAAUGGACAGAUAAAGAGGAAAUUGCAAACUUUAGACACAUUUUUAGAUGGAUUGAUCUUGUUCAAAAUAGAUUAGUAAACGUUUCUGAACCUCUCAAGAUUGAUUAUGAUAUUGAAUUACCUAGAGAGGUGAAAGAGAAGAAAAAAGCGGCACCAGCAGCAGCAGCAGUAGAUGCACCAGCAGCUGCUGCCGCCACCACCACCACCACAAAAGAAGGGAAAAACACCCCAGCUUCUUCAGCACAUGGUCCUGGUCAUACGUUAACUGAGGAAGAGCUCAAAAAAAGGGCUGCAGCAAAAGAAGCAAAGAAAGCAGCAAAAGCAAAACUCAAUGCUGAGAAACAACAACAACAGAAGGCGGCUUCUACAGCUUCUGCUCCUACCCCAGCAAUGGUGGAUUUAAGAGUUGGUUUCAUUAAAAAAGCUGAAAGACACCCAGAUGCUGAUACUUUAUAUGUAUCAACUAUUGAAAUGGGGGACGAAGACGGCCCAAGAACCGUUUGUUCUGGUUUAGUCAAUGAAAUUCCUCUUGAAGAAAUGCAACAGAGAUAUGUUAUAGUUGUAGCAAAUUUGAAACCGGUAACUAUGAGAGGUAUCAAGAGUUGUGCAAUGGUUUUGUGUGCUUCGAAUGCUGAUAAGGUUGAGUUUGUUAAUCCACCAAAGGAUUCAAAGCCUGGUGAUAAAAUCUUUUUUGAAGGUUACAAUGGUGUACCAGAAAAACAAUUGAAUCCUAAAAAGAAGAUUUGGGAGGCAAUCCAGCCUAAAUUCACCACAAACGAAAACUUUGAAGUCACUUAUACUGAGGAGGGCAAGAGCCCUAGCAAAUUGAUGAAUGAAAAAGGAGAGUUGUGUAAAAACUCUACAAUUGUCGGCGCAAAGGUUAAUUGA